AUGGACGCGGAAGUCCAGCUCGCGUCGUUCGAGGGCGAGGAGACGGGGGCCUCGGAGCUGGUCGAGGAGAUCAGGCGCAGCUCCUCAGCUGCAGAAGGCGCGUCGAGGCUGCGGCAGCUCGUGGCGUUCAAUCGCGACACCGCGCGUUCGGUGAUCAGAGCGGGCGGAAUCGAGGUCGCCGCGGAGGUCCUGUCGCGGAACGACCAGGACAUCGCCACCAGGAACGCCAUGGCGGAGGUCCUCCUGCACGUCGUCGCCGACGCGGCCGCCCCGGAGUACCUCGUCACGCGCCCGGAGCUCCUCGCGCAGCUCACGAGCGCCGUCACGGCGCAGCUCACGCGCGCGACGGCGGCGCUGGCCGUCGCCACCGCCGACGACGACGACGCGAGCUCCACUGAGGAGUUCUCCUCGGCGAUCGAGCGCAUCAUCAGCCACGAGUCCCUCUCCGACAUGGCCGUGCAGCCGGGCAUGACGCCCGCCGAGCAGAUCGACCGCGAAGCCAAGCUGGCGCACGCGUUGCAGCUCACGCUGUGCUACCUGACGCAGCAGAUCCCCGACGUGGCGCGCGUGGCCGCGCAGCCGGGCCUGCUCGAGGCGCUCGUGCAGAGCUGCCGCCCGGAGAACCCGCACCUCGACACGACCGUCGCGACGCUGACGGCGCUGCUGCUGCCCGACGCGUUUGCGGGCGCCGAGGAGACGGGGCGCCUCCCGGCGUUCCUGGGCGACGAGGAGCUCCCCGUCGAGGGCCCGCUCGCGCCGCCCGUGCAGCACGCGCGCUCGAGCUCGACCGCGCGCGCGAGCGAGGCCGCGGCGCCGCAGGAGGACCUGGUGCAGCGCGCGAUAGAGCUCGGGCUGGCCGAGCGGCUGGUCGACGUGCUGCGGACGCUCGCGCGGCCGGGGCUGCAGUACAACCGGCACGACAACACGUUCGCGCGGGACUCGAACGCGUUCGGGCACAUGGACAGCUCCGGGCGGAACCCCGCGACGUGGAAGGAGACGGUGUGUUCGAUCCCGUUCUCGCGGUACAAGGAGGUGUCCGUGGGGGACAGCGCGCAGGUGGAGAUGGAGCUGUCCGCGCGGCUGCUGUCCGCGCUCGCCGCGGACCCGCGCGCCCGCAGCCGCGUGCGCUCCAGCCAGGCCCUGCGCGCCAUGGUGGACGCGACGCUCGCGUGCAACGGCAGCGAGAACCUCGCGCUCGCGACGCUCCUCUCCGCGAAGGCCCUCGCCACGGACGCCGCCACCGCGCAGCAGGCCGUCGAGUGCGGCGCCGCCGCCCUCUGCCUCAACGCCCUGCAACCCCCCUACCACGACCGCCAGUACAAGGUACACAGGUUCAGCAUGUGCGUGCAGCUGCUGGCCGCCGAGGUGCUCCAGCAGCUGUCCCUGCGCGUCCCGGACCAGGCCGCGCUGAUCCUGCUCCCGGAGUUCUUCCCCGCAGUGAUGUCGCUCCUGUCGCUGGGCGAGCGCAACGGGCGGCGCCUGCCCGUGAGCAACUUCGUGACGUUCGACAACCUCGCGCCGCGGCGCCGGUGGACGUCGGCGUGGCGGUUCGGGCAGAUGCGCUUCGAGCUGCCCCCGCGCGACGCCGGGGCACCCGAGAUCCUGCGGUCGCUCUGCAGCCCGCCCAUGCCCGAGGCCCCGGGGGGUGUCCGCGACCUGGUGGUGCGGAUGCAGGUGCUGGUGCUCGGGACGAUCGAGGCGCUGGCGGGGCGCAACGAGGCCGUCGCGCGGCGCGUCGCGGACUCCCCGAUCAUGCCGCAGGUGCUGUCGUACCUCCAGGUCAUCGCCUCGGACAACGUCCCGACGCUCCUGCCGGCGCAGGCCGCCGCGUGCCGCACCGUGCGCGCCGUGGCGAAGUGGCGCGCCGCGCAGUCGUUCGCCGCCGCGUCCGGGGCGAUCCCGGCCUGCCUGCGCAUCGUGCGCGACCAGGUGGGCAUGGGUGCCGCGGGGGCCUGCGCGGAGACGCUGGCCGAGCUCACGCAGAACUGGGCGUCGCUCCGGCGGCAGGUGGCGCGCGGGGAGCCGAUGGUGCUGCUCGCGGAGCUCCUGCGCUCCGGGACGCCGCACGACCGCCUGGCGGCGCUGACGGCGAUGGAGGCGAUGGCCAAGCACAUGGACAUGCUGCCGGACCUGGACGCGUCGGGGGCGUUCCCCGUGCUGCUGGACGUGCUGCGGACGGGGGCGCGGACGCAGGUGACGUCGCUGCCGCUGCAGUUUGCCGAUGAGGAGGACGUGGGGGGGGAGUUUGCGCGGGAGGUCCCCGAGGGGCUCGAGGGGGUGGAGUGGGACUGGGUGACGCUGCACUGGGCGAAGAUCAAGGCCGCGAACAUCGUCGCGCGGCUCGCGGAGGACCCGCGCGUCCGGCAGAAGGUGGCGCGCGCCGGCGUGAUUCGGGACCUGGUGCUGCUGCUGACGAUCGAGCAGGUGCCGGCGACGGAGGGGGAGGAGCGCACGGCCGCGCGGCGCAAGGUGGAGCUGGAGGUGCGCGCGGCGGCGGCCGCGUGUCUGACGGCGCUGACGCGGAACAACCGCGGGACGCGGCGGCUGCUGGCAACGGAGCUGGCGCUGGCGUCGUGGUGCGGGCGGCAGGGCAGCACGCGCGUGCUCGGUCUGACGAAUCCGUGA